AAUAGCAAGUUGUAAUCGUUAUACGUUGUCGGAAGCAUCAGGGGUGGUCAGCAGUGGUCAGCGGAAGUCAGCGGAGGCCAGCAGUAGCAAGCAGUGGCAAGCAGAGACCAGCAGGGGCAACUAAUAGCAAGUUGCAAUCGUCAUACGUUGUCAGAAGUAUGAGGAAUGGUCAGCAGCGGUCAGCAGAGGCCAGCGAAGGCAGGCAGAAGUCAGCAGUAAUCGUCAUACGUUGUCAGAAAUAUAAGCGAUGGUCAGCAGAGUCCAGCAGAGGCUGUGAGAGGCUGGCAGUAGUCAACAGUAAUGGGUUAUACGUUGCCAGAUGUGAGCCUUCCUCUCUCGACUCCCACGAGACGGUCUGAAAUUACUUCGGGCAACUUCGGAGAAUCGAGAAGGAGGGCAUGUGUCAUUUUAUCUUUGUCGACUGUCCGAAACACGUAGGAGGUCACGUACGCGUGAUCUGGCAUAGUGUGAGAAAGUGGAGGGUGGUGUCCCCGAUGGUCCAUCUGGUAUCUCUGUCCAGUGCUCGGUCUGGUAACACUACAUCGGUGUCGUAUUUAUUUCGAUUGGAACGAACUGAUAGACACGUGUGCCAUGAUCGAACACGAAUGUGUAGCGCACUUACUCGCAAACGUCAUUAGUCUAUCAAACACGUGUUAUUUGAACGUAGUAUAGAUCUGAUUUAGGAAACGUGGAAUUUUAUGAAACAGUGCACAUCGAAAUGAUCGAGUUUUGUACAAAGAAACGAAUGUUAAUUGGCAUUACAUUAUUGGGAGGGUUAACUGUGUUAGUACUUAUUGUUGAAAGUCACUGGACAGACAGCUCGAGCAAACUGUAUUUGGAAAAUUAUGAGAAUAAUACGACAUGCUUGUCCGGGGAGGAGUAUGAAAUAAUUUCAGAAUGUCAUCCUUGUUCUGCUUUUGAAAUUGCAAGCAAGAGCAUAGAUGUAUGCGUUCAUGCACGAUACAAGGAAGCAUUAAAAUGUAAAAGUGGAGAAGUUAUAACAAGAAGUUGCGACAGGGUAGCUUGGCUAGAAGAAAGAACAUUUUUUAAGUUUGAGGCAUUCAUGUUUGUUUUAGCCGUAUGUUCUUGUAUCAGUGUUUAUUGUAGAGAAAAUGUCCUGAGGCAAAGGAUAAUCAGAAAAGUAGCCAGACAACUAAGAGCCAGCGUAUAA